CCGUUUGUACAUAUGAGGAGUCAUUCAAAUACUAAAGAACGCAAAUAAGAAAUGCUGUUAUUUUGAAAGACUCACUGGGACUCCAUAAGAUGUUUUCAAGCUAUGAUCUUUAAAUAAUAAGGUUCAAGGGAAGUGUAUGCUAAAUGGAUAGCCCUCAGAAGUGCUUUUGGAUGACACUGAGCCUCUUAUGCUUUCUAACAGAUCCUGGGUUUGGCUUUUCUAUCAUAGAAGGCCCCAGUAAUUUAACAGUACUUGCUGGUAUGGAGGCACAUUUUAACUGUACAGUGUCAGAAGGCUGGCAAAUUUUAAUAUGGCUUUUUGAAGGACAACCUGUUCUGUCUGUUACUUAUCCUGAAAAGGUAAUAAUAACAGAUAAGAGCUACGGUCAAAAAGGGUACAACAAAGGUACUGAGUUUACCUCAGAGCUGAUAAUAUACAAUGUUCAGCUGAAUAAUUCUGGAAAAAUUGAAUGCAGCAUCCAGACGACGAGUGGCCAUGAGUAUGCAUUUCUUUCUGUUCAAGUUAAUGGAUCUUUGAAUAUUGAAGAUCACAACAUGACAGUAACAGAGAAUCAAACUGUUGAAAUAAUUUGUGAAGCUGUUGGAUGGGAUCCUGUUCCACAUAUUACCUGGAUGGUAAAUAAUAUUUCAGUAGAUAAUUCAGAUUACAUCACCAACCAGAGUCAAGGAUCUAACGGCUUGUAUAAUGAAGAGAGCAUCUUGACCCUGACUCCAGUGACCAAUUCCACUGUGAUUUGCUUAGCUGCCAUACUUGCACUUUCUAAACUUCAGUCUGCAACUAUGACUCUUGUUGUAUAUCCUCCUCCAAUAGAAUCUGUCACAAAUGAAGAUGAUGGACGCACCCAGACUAUAAUAUUAGCAGUUGUAUUGUCUGUUGUUGGUUUUCUUCUUCUGAUCCUUAUUAUUCUACUUAUUGUAUACUGCUGCUGCAGAAGAAGAAGGAAAGAGUCCAAGUAUCAGAAAGAGAUACAAAAGGCUUCAGCAAAAAAGAAAGCCACUAGUCAACAUCUGGAAACAAGGAGGGCUGACGGAAAUGAAAAUUAUGGCUACAGUCCAGAGGAACAUGCAAAGGAAAAACCAAGAGUACCUCCUUUCUCCCCAGUUAACACUAGCUUUUAUGGUCCGGAACAAGAUUUAGCAGUGAGCUCUGAAUCAGAGGUCCCUCAUCAUGGAAAUUAUGACAGAGUUCUUCCUUCAACAGUUGCCGCUUACCCCAUCAAUCCAAGAAAAAUCAGAAAUGUGACUCUUGUAUAGGAAAGCUCUCUCUCUCGGGUCCAUUUUCUUUCUAAGCACUGUUUAUUGCCAUUUCUUCUCUACACUGCUGAUGUUUCUUGUGGCCAAAGACUCAACAGCUUGCACAAGUGUUGCAUUUUCCAUUAUUGUACUUGAAAUAUUUGUAAGUAUAAUUCACUACAAAGAUUAAGUAAAAUCUGCUGCCUGCUGCAUUUUAUCCACAGAAAGCACUGAACAUUAAAAAAUGGAUACUUUUAAAAAUACUUAUUUUGCCUGAUGAUGAAUAGUAUGAACUGUGAAAUCUAUGUGCAAUUUAAACUGCUGGUAGGCCCAACAGAACUGAUCAAACAUUGCACUGAUCAAACAUUCUUCCAAUCUUGAUUAACUAAAGAGCUGGAAUGAUUAUGAAAUCAGCUGGUGGGUUCAUGAAGAGUCUUCUUCUUCAGCAGUUUGCCAUUUUGGAAGAGGCCCUUUACAAAUCGUUAUAUGUUCUAAUGGCAUAGUCAGCCAAACUGAGGGUACUUAAAUCCGGUGACUGGAGUUAUAAACAGACAAGACAGAUUUUUCUACAAACCUGAAAAGUGGCCCAGGUUUAUAAAAAAAUCUGAAAUCUAAAAAGUACAUUUUAAAAAAUCCUAAAAGGAUAAAGGGAUCUCCUGCAUCUUUAAAAAUGGAAGCCUUCAGUGGCCAUUGAUAGGCAACCACAGAAUUCUAGGUUUAGCUUCUUGUCAAUAAAGGUGGGGGAAGUGGGGACAGGGCUCUUUCCAGGGCUGGUUAAGCCUUUGAUGGGGAACAUCUCAGAGACAAAUCUGGUAGUAACUUGAUACCACCUGAACUGCAUAACUCACCUAGGCCUGGCUGCAUGCUACUUUCCAACAGUAGCCACCCUAUGAAAGCCAGAAUGGUGUAGCAGUUAGAGCUUCAAUCUAGGGCCUAGGAGACUCAGGUUUAAGUCACCAGUCUGCCAUGGACAUUCACUAGGGCCCUUUCCGCACAGGCCAAUUAAUCCAAGAUAAUACUGGUAAAAACCUCAUUUCGGGGGGGGGGGACUUCAUAUGGCUCCCACCCCUAAAGCAAGGCUGCCUUGCAUCCCCCCCAGAAACAAGUUAUUUGAGAAUGAGUGGAAAAUGAUGAAAGCUGCUUUGGUCCCCACUGUGGAGAAAGGUGGCAUAUAAAUGAAGUAAAUAAGGACACAACAGAUAUAAUAAGCUGCUAUUUAAUUGAAUAAUUUGUAUUUUAUUCUUAUUAUAUUAUUGAUUUUUUUUGUAUCCUGAUUGCCUUCAUCUGGUUCAUUUUAAAAAUCUUAUAUGACUGUGAUCAUAUUUACUUGGGAGUGAAAUCCAUUGGAGGCUUGCAUUUUUAAUCUUGUACAGGGAUCUCUGCAAUUAUGCUAUUGCAAGACCCAGUGAAACUAGUUUGUAGAAUCUAUGCUGCUAUCAUACAACCCCAAUAAAGGAUAUAUUUUGGUCAA